AUGUUCAUGCACCUCAUCCCGGCAGUGCCCGGUGUCGAUGAGCUGAACGUCCAGCGGCCCCAGUCAGAGGGCUAUGGGAGAGAGCAAGGUGGGACGGAGAUGGCGGGUGCCGGGCCCGGGGAAGGCCAGACUCUCAUCCUCGUCGGCUCUAUUGAACUUGCGGAACAGGCGCGCGCUGUCGCACGCCGUCUCCUGCCCGACUGGAACGUCGAACUUGAGCAGGCAAAGCACGUCGCCUCGGGGUUUGCCGACAUUACCGUCGCGACAUACCAGACGCUCUCGAACCCCGUGCGCCUACUCAAGUUCAACCCCGAGCGCUUCAAGCUCAUCAUUGUCGACGAGGCGCAUCACGCUGCCGCCAAGUCCUAUCUCCGCCUACUUCACUACUUCAACGCGGGCGUGUCGCUACCACCAGACGUGGAGGCGUAUGAGACGCUCGACGAAAGUCCGGAUGUGCCCAUCGUCGGGUUCUCCGCCACGUUUAGCAGGCAUGACACGCUCGCACUCUCGGCCGCCUUCGAGGAGAUCGUAUUUCAUCGCGACGUCGGGGACAUGCUGGAGGAAGGAUGGCUGUCUCCCGUGAAGAGCACUGCCGUGUACGCCGACUUGCAGCUCGGCGAUGUUGAGACGACCUCCACGGGCGAGUACGCAACCGCCUCGUUGGCCUCACACGUCAACACGCCCGCGGUCAACCUCCUCGUUGUGCGAACGUAUCUCCAUCGCGCAGCCGAUCGGCGCUCGACCCUCGCGUUCGCUGUCAACCUUCAGCAUGUGGCCGACCUCGUUGCGGCGUUCCGAAACGCUGGCGUUGACGCCCGCAGCAUUACCUCUACCAUGCCGGCAGGAGCGCGGCGCGACGUCAUGGAGUCGUUCCGGAAGGGAGAGUUCCCAGUGCUCGUCAACUGCGAGGUGCUCACGGAGGGCGCGGACGUGCCGGAGAUCGACUGCGUUGUGCUUGCGCGACCGACGAGGAGCAAGAACCUGCUGGCGCAGAUGGUCGGGCGCGGACUUCGUCUUUCGCCUACGACAGGCAAGCAAGACUGCUAUCUCAUCGACAUUGCAGACAACAUCUCGCGGGCGAGCGGUAUGAUCGUCCUUCCGACUCUCUUCGGUCUCACGCACGAGGACGUGGCUGAGGAGCUGGCACUCGCGGAUGCCAAGGCAGCAGAGAGGACGCCGUCUGCCCUUGCGGUCUCCGCUCCCACCAAGGUCCGGCUCGUGGAUGUGUCUGACCCCUUUGCUCUCAAAGCGCCGAAUCACGUACACAUCCCCGCGCUGUCACAACUCGCGUGGUUUCACUGUGGCGGGGGCAAGUGUGUUCUCGAGCUCAUGGGCGGUGGUCACAUCACGAUCGAGCCCAUUGAGGAAAAGUGGAGUGUGAGUUUCACGCCAAAGCUGCCACGCAUCGGCGGUGCGCCGCGCCGUGGCAGCCCAUUUGGGCGUGUCCAACAACUCGCGUUCGCAGACGAUGCAGACCGUGCGGUGCGCACAGCCGACGCAUACGUCGAGCGUCGCCUAACGCGAAACACUUUGCGACAAAUGAGCAAAUACGCGCCGUGGCGCACACGCCCGGCGUCGGAGAAGCAGAUCCAGAUGCUGCUCAAGAUCAAAGGCAUCAAGGCCCAGGAGGGCGAGGGCGCGAGGAUCAUGAUCGGUGGAACACCAAUAGACGUGCAGUCGCUGACAGCCGGGCAGGUCGCGGCCGUCCUCUGUGCCGCGCAACAUGGCGGUUUGGGGACCAGGAAACGGGCCGAGGAGCGGGCCGCAGCUGCUGACGCCAAGGCGGCGAGGCGGGCCGAGAAGGAGCGUGCUGCAGCGGCGCGCAACCUGCGCCUGCCAGGAGAGGAGAGCUGA